AACCUGAGUAUGGCUAGAACAUUCGACCCUCUGGCCCCGACUCUUUGACUACAUAGUCUCAUUCUUGGGACAGUAUCACCGUACUACUUGCAAUCACACGCGCAGUCUCGGCGCAUGACAUACCCUGUGCUUGUCGACGAACCAAACGUCAGAGGUACCAGGUCGACGGAUAUCAGGGGUGGAGUAGGCUCAUUCCGGAUGCGCUCUGCACACCGAAGUGCUCCGUUUUCGAGUACACCGGCCAAACACCGGCAUGAACAUCGCGGUUCGCUUCAGCAAGCCAACGCGUCGAGACUUAACGGCGCCGUGGUUAUAUAUCGACGCAGCCUCAAGUUGCGGGUGGAAAUUGUCUCUGCAGCCCCUUCAUCGUAGCCCACGGCGGAAUGCGCUCUAUACCUCCGCUUAGGUCGCUCGGACCGAUCACUCAGCGAUUCAGGCCUGCCUUGGGGGAGUAAUUCGGGGUAUGGACGCUCCGCGAAUGCGCACGUCGCUCUCUCGGUA